AUGGGCAGCAAUGCUCUUUCAAUCCCUUCCCGGCCAAUCGAGGAACGAGCAACUAAGGACUGUCCGACCAAUCUCUCUGGACCAUUCGAGUUCCCACAUUUGAUCAUCCCAGUCAACUCGUCGGCCCCCACGGUCGCCAAAGGAACUUCAUACUAUGGCGAAGUCUCAGCAACAAUCUCCUCCAUCUUCAACUUCGACAUCUCCCCGCAAGGUCCCAACCUUUGCUCCCUGGUCUUCUUGUUCCCUAGCAAGGAGGAACGUCCUGCCUGGACCUAUACCUUCGAGGGUGAUGGGAAGGUUAGCAUGGCCAGACUGGAAGGACCCGCUAACAAUGGAACAACCUACGAGAAUGCGCCAAAAGUAGCCGCUGAGCUGGGCAUACAGACGCUCGCUGCCGGAAAAUCGAACGUUAUCGCCACCUUUGACUGCCCACUCGGCCAGGCAAUCGCCUUUAAGAUGUCCAAUGCAGGAUCAACAAACCUCAAGUAUUUCCAGGACUACGGAAACCCACCGUAA